AUGUCCAAGCGAAGGACGCUGGCCACAAUUUCUCGCUCACCGACGUCGCCCGCGCUGACUUCCUCCGGCUCGUUGUCCCUCGAUAUCGAACAGUUCGCGAACGGACAGAUAUACGUUCUAUCCUCAGGAGAAAGCGCUCGCUCACGCGUGGCAGGCCCCCGCCGCCCCGCACAUUCCACCAGGAAAAAGGGGUUCGCGGUUCCACCCACAGUUGCUGAUUCCAUGGAUGCCGAUCCGCGGGUUCCUCUCCGUCAGUCUGCGCCCUCGCAGUCUUCAUCCACGCCCACCUCCGAUCUGAGCGCCCAGCAAACCCACAAUAGUUACUACUACGACAGCCCGAACCAGCAGUCUCCACACUCCGCAACCCUUGGCAGCGGGGCCCUCGACGAUGAUGAUAGCCGUGACCAUGAGCGGGACCACCGCAUCGGGCUCGCGCCCGGGACGGGUACAUAUACCGAAUCCAUCGCCGUGACAGACAUCAACAACCCGAACAACCCGAACGAUCCCUUGGCCGACCUGAAACGCCCACGGGCCUGCGAGGCCUGUCGACAGCUGAAGGUGCGCUGCGACCCGCACCCUGAAAGCCCGGAUGGCCCGUGCAAACGUUGUGCGAAGGCCAAUCGCCGCUGCGUCGUUACAGUGCCGACGCGCAAGCGGCAGAAGAAGGCAGAUAGCCGUGUCGCGGAGCUGGAGCGGAAGAUUGAUGCACUGACAGCAAGUCUACAGGCGACCAGAGCGAGGAAUGGGAGUAGUGUUGGAGGCGGUGCCCCAGAGAGCUCUACGUUACGGUCUGGGUCUGCGGCAGAGGACCUGCCCGCUGCCCACUGGAUGGGCGCACAACGACAAGGGAGUGAAAACAGACGGGCUACCACGGGAGGUUUUACGGCGGGCCUAGCUGGGAAUAAAAGAUUUGCCAGCGGAGAGUUUAAACAUAGGCUCGGGGCUGGGGCCCUGGUGCCGCUGGCUGCCAGGCCUCACAGCCCGACGACAGAGAGCUCGUCGACCUUCUAUGAUGGGUCGAAUCAUGGUGGUGACGGGAACGGUCCCGAUUCCUGGGCUCCGCUAUUGCCUUCCAUCGACCGAGCGCCCAAAGCUCGCUACGAUUAUGAAUACACAGACGUCAUUGAUCGAGGGGUGGUGGAUACGGAAAUGGCUCUCAAGUGUUUCAACCGCUACGUGAAUGAGAUGUCUCCGUUGCUUCCAUUCAUCGUCUUUCCCCCCGAAACUACUAUGGCCGAGGUGCGUCGGACGAAGCCCAUCCUCUUAUUAGCUAUCCUGGCCGUAUCAAUUGGCAUUUUCAACCCUGAGUUGCAAGUUACCCUGUUGAACGAGGUCUUCCGCCUCUUUGCAGAUCAUGUAAUUGUCAGGGGAUCGAAAUCUCUCGAAUUGGUGCAGGCAAUUGUGGUAUCGAUGAUAUGGUAUAGGCCGCCGGAGCAUUACGAGGAAAUGAAAUUUUACCAGCUCAUACACAUUGCGACGACGAUGGCGAUGGAUCUAGGCAUGAACAGGAGAACCAAGUCAACGGCUAAGUCAAAGUCAAUGGGUAUGUGGAGGGAACUUAUGGGCAAGAAAACUGUCAUGGUUGAGCCUGAUGCACCUGAGACUAGGAGAGCGUGGCUGGGGUGCUAUUUUAUCGUUGCAAUGUCCCUUCGGCGAUCCCUUCUCACGCGUUGGCACCCUUACAUGGAUGAAUCUCUUGAAAUCCUCGAGACGUCGCCCGACGCACUUCCAUCUGAUAAAACACUCGUUCAAUGGGUGAAACUGGCUCACCUUGGCGAAGAGGUCCUGUUCCAGUUUUCAAUGGAUGAUCCCGUUACGAACGUUGACAUAACGGACCCCAAAAGUCAGUAUGCUUUAAAGGGAUUCGAAAGACGGUUGGCGGAAUGGCGAAAAGAGGUUCCGCCCGAGUGCUAUUCUCCUAUCAUGCACUACUACCAGCUCAUUCUCAACGUCUACAUGCAUGAAAUCGGCAUGCACGCCGACCACAAUAUCGACGAUUUCAAACCUCCUUUUUUAAAUAGCCUUAGCACCGAAAAUCCGAUCGACUUGGGAACCCCCGCCCACGUCGACGCACUAACCGUCUGUCUCACGUCCAUCCAUGACGCAUUUGAGACGUUUAUCUCCCUCGAUUAUUUAACUAUCCAAUCUAUCCCCACCAUCCACUUCGUCCGUACAGCAUACGCCUCUGUCGCUCUUAUCAAACUACAUACCGCCGCGUCGUAUCCUGCCACUCGAUUGGGUCAAGUAUUCAAUCCAACAGACUUCAAGAUUGAAUACUUCCUCACCAAGGUCAUUGCACAAUUGAAGGACUCUGGGGAUCGUAUUUCCGGACGGGUAACAUCCAGAUUCGCCCUGAUGUUGGGGAUGUUAAAAACUUGGUUUAUUAAGCGGAAGGAAGGAAAGCCAAUUACGGGUAGUGGUCCCCCGUACAACUUUUUCCAACCGAAAGAUAUUCGGGCGUAUUUGGCACCGGAGCCACGGGAAUCGGAAUCACAGAGCGCGAAGCAGAAUCUGGAUACUAGUAACUCAGAACCAACACCCUUACAUCUCCAGACUCACACAACCGUGGGUGGUCCAGAGACCCAACACUCCCACCACAGCCCUUCAAACUUAUCCCCUCAGAAUAUCCGCACCGAUGCACAUCCCACUUCUCUCCCGAACCACCCACCAUCAACCGCCACUUCCGACGCUGCUAGUAACACAGUCUCCCAGAGUGAUCACUGGACCCCCUUCCCGCCCUCCGCGGGCAUGGGUAUUUUCCCCACAGCGCCAAACCUACCUUUAUCGUCCCAGGGCCCAUCCCAUAACCAGAACCCCCAGAAUCCGACUCAGGGUUACGUUCCCGCGGACCCAGGUGGGAUUGGAAAUCCACAGCAUGCGGAAAUGGAUCCUCAACAGGCCUUUAUGUCGAACCAGAAUAUGCAAUUCAUGUUCCAGCCCGACGAACUUGCUGUUCUGGGAAAUAUUUGGGAUGAUAUUUUUUUUACUUUCCCAUUGGACGAGACCGGCCAACCGUGGUGA